CCUUCAUUCUGCUGAAUUUCUUACGAGUCAGCUCUCCAAGAUGAUUUGGUUUUUUGCUGUGUUUGUCAGCGCCCUCUUAGCUAGCAUCUGUUCACAAACGUCAAAUCCUAAUCAUAAGAGUACAAGUGUGUCUGAAAUCCCUUUUGAAGAUAUCCUGGAAAGCUUUCAGGAAGUAUUAUCUCUUCGAUCUGCUUUAGAUAAGAAAAUUCGAAGACCAAAUGCCAUAGAUAUGGACGAUUUCAGUUCGAACAGGAAUUUUGAUUUGGAUUUCGAGACGCAGAGAUUAGAACAAGAAGUGACUAUUUUUGAACACAUUGCAACAGCAACGAAUAUGUAUGAUUUGUCGGAAGAAAAGAGAAAUGAACUUAUAGAAAAACUCAAUGAAAUUCCUAAAUUCCGAGAAAUUGUUAGGAAAUGCAAGAAAGUCUUACCUGCGCCCCAGUGUGAUUCCUCGUCGCUAUACAGAACACUGGAUGGCAGUUGCAAUAACUUAAAACAUCCUAGAUGGGGUUCUUUGUUUUCGUGUCAUGAGAGACUUUUACCAGCAAAUUACAAAGGUGUAUCUGGGAUAGCAGAUGCAGCGAAUGGAGAACCUUUACCUCAUCCGAGGACGUUAUCUUUGCAUUUCAGUGAUGACAUAAAACUACCAAGAGUGAAAAUUUCGCAGAUGUUUCCGUUCUUUGGUCAGUUGUUAGCUCACGAUAUUGUUCGAACUCCACCAUCAACAAGUGGAGGCAGAACACUGGAUUGUUGUCUGCUGGAUAAACUGCAGCAUCCACAGUGCAUAUCUUUGACAUAUUCUUCUGAUGAUCCAUAUUACUCGAAGUUCAACUUCACUUGCCAAAACAUAAUUAGACAUAUUCCUUGUCCAACAUGCUCAUUUGAAAAGAGGAAGCUUAUAAACCAAGUAACGUCUUUUAUUGACUGUUCUUUUCUGUACGGAAUAAAUGAAUGGGAAUCAAACAAAUUGAGAGAGCUUGAUGGAACAGGAAAGUUACGCACACAGCGUGGAAAUUUAAUGCCCCAAAUCAGUCCGACAUCAAGAGAUUUAAAUUGUGUGUCAGGGUACAAACAUUACUGUUUCCAAUCAGGUGAUUCUAGAGGAAAUCAGCACUUAAUGUUGGCAUCCUUACAGAACCUUUUCGUGAGAGAACAUAAUAGAAUAGCUACUGAAAUGAAAGUUCUUAAUCCUCAUUGGGAUGAAGAAACAAUAUACCAAGAAACAAGGAAGCUUGUAGGUGCAAUUAUGCAAUGCAUUGCGUACAAGGAAUUCCUUCCUUUGCUCUUAGGACCGACUCGAAUGUCUGAAUUCGACCUGUGGCUCAGUAUCUCACAGUAUGAUCCCACUGUCCAACCGGAAACGCUUUCGGAGUUCAACACAGCUUCUUACCGUUUGCACAGUACACUUAAUACUGUCGUGUAUGAAAACGAGACAUCAUCAAGUAUCCUCAAGAUGAGGGACACUUACGCAGUUCAGAAACCCAUCCACGAAAAUGAUUUUGGAAGUUUCUUAAAAGGAGCGUCUAAAUUACCAGCUCAUAAAUAUGGUCGGCAUCAUGUGGAGGAUGUUAUUAAGUAUCUGUACAAGCGUCCUAUAAAUGCGUUUGGUCGUGACAUCCAAGCAAUCAACAUUUACAGAGGAAGAGAUCAUGGAGUGCAGCCAUAUAUUAAAUUGCUUGCAUAUUGCUCAAACAAUAAAAUUAAUAUAACUACAUUUGAAGAUCUCAAUCAAGUAAUGGAACCUGAAAAUAUUGAGCUGCUGAAGCAAAAUUACAAGGAUGUGGUUGAUAUUGACUUGAUUGUAGGGCUCCAAAUGGAAUAUAACAGUGAUAGUUCAGUAGUACCACCAACAGCUGCCUGUAUCAAUGCAAUUCAAUUCAAAUUCCUCAAAGAUGGAGACAGAUUCUUCUUUACUCACACUGGUCUCCCUACGUCAUACAGUAAAGAAAAGAUAGAAGCCAUCUAUAAUGCAUCACUUUCUAGACUUAUAUGUGAUAAUACUAAAGUGAAGGAGAUGCAAAUGAGCGCGCUGCUUACCCCAAGUGACGAAAAUCCAGUAGUGCCAUGCUCCAGCUUGCCGGAAAUUGAUCUUUAUCUUUGGAAAUCUGAGCCUGAGCAUCAUGAAUGAGCUGCUUAAUCUAUAAAUACCAAAAGAGUUUCUUAUUUCAAAACACUCGACGCUUAAAUGAAAUAGCGUUAUUGAUUGAAAAUAUUUCCACUGGGUUUUGUACACCUAAUAUUUUAUUUUAGAUUUUAAUUAUUGUUUGUUGUAUAAAACCAUUUCAUAGUGUAUGCUACCAUUACUGUUAAUACAUUAUUAAUUAAAUAAAUAAAUCUCUGUGUCAGUCCAUCAAGGUCUGUAACAUAACUUACAAAAUAUACUCAUUUACAUACAAGGAUAUGAUAUAACUUUUAUAUAAAUUAUAAGUAUUUCUAGAGGCAAGUAUCUUAUAGUCCCAUCCUGCUUUUAGCUAGGUUAGAAGGUUCUUAUAUUAAACUAAAUAGUUAUUAUAGUUUGAUCUCAUCUUUCUUAAUCCUCCCCAGAAUGCAAAUUAUCAUUGAGAACAUAUAAACUGAUAGUUAGAAUGUAUAAGCUGAGGCGUUUUGAAUCUUAAGAGAGGGAGAGUUUCUAGUACUCCCCCUGCGCUGUUAAAUUUCACCAGCUCUUAUCUAAAAGUGAUUAUCUGACUUUUGCAUUCUCUUGCGGUUGAUAUUUUAAAUUCAUGCGCCAUCAAAAUUACUUGUGCCAGCUUUUAGCUUAGUCAUUCGACUGUGUUGUGUGAGACAUUUAAAUGUAUUUGAUAUCAUUAUUUAUUAUUAAUUUAAAAUUUAUUUGACUGUUAUAUUUAUCCUGCCCCACCCCCUUUCAAAGAUUUCUAGUUCCUUCUACACCAGGAAGUCGCCUGAAAGGCUUCAGUUUUAUUACCGACAACAUGAGCGCAUCAAUAAAAUCGUCAUCACCUUCGAUGUGAUAAGUUCGAUCUUAAGCUUUUUAGAAGAAUUAGAAACGAAAUUUUUAUUACACCCUGUUUCAAAGUUGCAGAAGGUCACCAUAGUAACCUCCGCUCUUCGAAGACAAGCCCUGAACUGGUACAAAGGUAUUGGGAAAUUUUUAUUAUGUGAACCAGGCAGUAAGAAUUAUAUACUUGAUCUGUUUAAAACCGCCUCUUUUGAAAGUGUUUCCUGUAGUGAAAUGUAGCGUGAAAUUAAAGGAGGAACGUUUUGGUAAAUAUCAGACUAGGGAAGAGGAAACAAUGGACUUAUUUUAAAGAAAGUGCAGAUGAUAAAUCUGAUAUAUUGAAAACGAAAUCUGAUGCAGAAAUUAUUCAAAUAAUAUUGCCUAGGUUGUUGCCUUAGAUUCAGUACUUUUAAACUUAGAAAAAAAACCUGGGUAUGAUAGAAUAACGUUUUCAACUAGCGAUGAAAUUUGAAAGUCGUCAAGUAUUAGUAGGUACGUUUUCAAAUGUGGCAGAAUUUUUCAUCAGCUAAUGACGAUUCUCAAAUUAAAUCUCAAAUGAGGAAAGUGGAGAGACGGUAAGAUAUCUUUAAACUAGUUACCGAUCCUGUACUACAGAGAGCACAGUCACUCCAGAAGGCAAAACCCCCUAAACUUAUAUAAUGUAAAAGAAAAUUUGAAUUGUGGUGAGAAAUACGGAAAGAAGUUAUAGUAUAGAUCAAAAUCUUAACAACUUGGCAGUUUAACAUAAGAACCAUAUAUAAUGUAACUAAAAUUUAAGUCCUGCCAUUUUAGUCUUGAAAAUUCAUACUUGUUAAAAUUACUAAUUCCUGUAAUUCUAAACGUAAGUUACUUAUUAAGAAAUGCAAAUUUUAGUUGAUUCCCAUUUCCUAAAUAAAAACUGCUUAGAAUUCGGUACGAAGAAGCAGCUGCAUAUCGAGUUCAGAGCCUUGGUCGUCUGACUUAUUUAAAUAAACACCAUACUUCAAUAUUGAGUCUUCUAUUUUAGUCACCCUCAUCGUCAGAAAGUCACAUCGAGCUUUUUGCUUUAACCUUCUCGAUCCUGUUGUCAUCGAAGAACAUUUUAUAUAUUAUCUUUUGAUCCAAAUUACCCAUAGCCUUUAAAGCAACAAUAGCGAUAAACUGCCUCUGACUUAUUUUUAAUUUAUUUCACGGGAAGAGCAACUGAUGCUUUAUGUAAUUGUGCUUAUGAACCAUGAAUACGUUCGUAUGAGCUGUCUGAACCUAAAUAAAUUUUAAUAUGAUAUAAUUUAUAUUAAUGAUGUGUUUCUAGUACGUAAAUUUAUUGAAGUUCACUCAAAUUUAAGUUUCUUAGAAAGUAUCAAAUGGACCCGAAAAUUAAUAUCACAACUGAAAAAUAUUUUAAUUUUAGAAAUCUUAUUUUUGAUCUGGAAAUGUGUACUUUAAAAAUAGGCUUUCUUUCCUGUAACAGUGUCGUCUAUUAAUAAAUAUAAAAAUUAUGAUUUUUAAAUUUCCAAA